AUGUCGAGGGAUGUGAAGCUUUCCCGUAGAGAUUCCACCAAGCUCGAUGAGGAAAUCGAGAAUAUCCCUGAAAAUCUCCAAUCUUCGUUUUUGUCCCAAACCAGCAACAACGACGAUUCAUCUUCUUCCUCUUCUCUACCACGAGCUCCGCUUAACACGAUCCAGGAUCCACUGAACAACCCGAAGGAAACCCGGAACAAAAUCGAAGGAACUCCGUCUAAGCCCAGAGCUAAGAACAACAACCCAGAUCCGCCAUUGCCUUUACGCACGCCCGAUAACAACAAGCAUCACCGAUCAGCUGCAUUCUCCAAAAACAGGUUUGGGUGGGGCGAGAAGUGCGAUUCCGUCGCAAACGCUUCGUUGAACACGACUCCUAAAGCCGGCAGAGUCGCCGGGAGAGCUAAUUCGUGCUACUCGGAGUCCAAUUCGACGCAGAACACGCCGACUAAGAGCGUAACUAAGCCUCCGGGAUCUUGCUACAGAGGGAAGCUCGAUGGUGCUAGAGCUGGUGGUGGCUAUGCCUCCUUGUACAAAGGCUCUUCUGGGCAAGUUUCAGCUAUCGUCAAUACCGUUGAAGUCCCUCACUUUGACCUUAAGGAGGAUCCAUCUUUCUGGAUGGAUCACAACGUACAGAUUCUUAUACGAGUACGACCGCUUAAUAGUAUGGAGAAGAGUACAAAUGGGUACAUUAGGUGCUUAAAGCAGGAAAGCUCUCAGUGUGUAGCAUGGACUGGACCACCAGAAACACGGUUUCUGUUCGAUCAUGUGGCUUGUGAGACUAUUGACCAGGAAACCCUUUUCCGGGUUGCUGGUCUCCCUAUGGUGGAGAAUUGCUUGUCUGGCUACAACAGUUGUAUAUUUGCAUAUGGCCAGACAGGAAGUGGAAAAACGUAUACAAUGCUUGGGGAAGUCGGUAAUUUACAAGUUAAACCAAGUCCUAACAGAGGAAUGAUGCCACGGAUAUUUGAGUUUUUGUUUGCAAGAAUACAAGCUGAGGAAGAGAGCAGAAGAGACGAGAGACUUAAAUACAAUUGCAAAUGCUCUUUCCUUGAGAUUUACAAUGAACAGAUCACUGACCUUCUUGAACCGUCUUCAACAAAUUUGCAGCUUCGAGAGGACAUUAAGAGCGGUGUCUAUGUGGAAAAUCUCACUGAGUGUGAAGUAGAGAGUGUUCAAGACAUCUUAGGACUUAUCACACAGGGUUCUUUGAAUCGAAAAGUUGGAGCCACAAAUAUGAACAGAGAGAGUAGCCGAUCACAUAGUGUAUUUACAUGCGUGAUCGAGAGCAGAUGGGAAAAAGACUCAACAACUAAUAUGCGUUUUGCAAGACUGAACCUGGUUGAUCUUGCCGGAUCAGAGAGGCAGAAAACUUCUGGCGCUGAGGGUGACCGCCUAAAAGAAGCUGCUAAUAUCAACAAAUCAUUGUCCACACUAGGACAUGUAAUUAUGGUUCUUGUGGAUGUUGCAAAUGGUAAACCAAGGCAUAUUCCAUAUCGUGAUUCCAGGCUAACAUUUCUUCUUCAGGACUCAUUGGGUGGCAAUUCUAAAACAAUGAUCAUUGCUAAUGCCAGUCCUUCUGUUAGUUGUGCAGCAGAGACUCUAAACACUCUUAAAUUUGCUCAGCGAGCAAAGCUAAUCCAGAACAAUGCUGUGGUAAACGAAGAUUUCAACGGGGAUGUCCUGGAAUUACGCCGUCAAAUCCGACUUUUAAAGGAAGAGCUUUCCCUCCUCAAGCGGCAGAACAUCUACAGGGCAUUGUCAUUUGGAUCAGCAACAGCCAACUUUUCAGAAUUCCAAGUGGAUUCUCCAUCAAGUGAAAUGCACGAGACAGGACAUCAGCAGACUGGUAACUCGCUGGUGUAUGAAUCUGGAGGCUGUGUAAGGAUGUCUAGAAAGCAGUUGAAAUCUUUAGAGUCAACACUCGCUGGCUCAUUGAGAAGAGAACAUGUGGCUGAUGCUUCGAUAAAGAAGCUUGAAGCUGAGAUUGAGCAUCUAAACCGUUUGGUUCGACAAAGAGAGGAAGAUACUAGGAGCACAAAAAUGAUGCUCAGGUUUCGAGAAGACAAGAUACAGAGGCUGGAAUCACUUCUUGGCAACCAGAUAUCUGCAGAUUCGUUUUUGCUGGAAGAAAAUAACGUGUUAUCAGAGGAGAUUCAGUUGCUUCAAGCUAAAAUUGACAAAAAUCCUGAAUUGACUCGCUUUGCCCUGGAAAACAUUAGGCUUCUGGAUCAACUAAGAAGAUUUCAAGAGUUCUACGAGGAAGGUGAGAGAGAAAUUCUACUGGGUGAAGUCUCGAAUCUUCGAAAUCAGAUCUUCCAGUUUCUUGAUGAAAACUCUGAUUGGCAAAAACAUCCUGAUGGAGUAGGGCCAGAGGAUGCAUUACGCAUUAGCAAAGAAAAUUAUUCCCUACAGGAGGAGUUAAAAAUUACCUGUAACGAGCUUGAGAAAUGCAGAAGUAACCUUGGUUCUUGCCUGGAAGAGAAUGCAAAGCUUAGUAGAGAAAUCCAUGAUCUACAGGCUAUGGUCAGCGAUAUCAGAGCUACCACACCUGAUGAACAUAGCAUUUCGAACCAAAAAAAGGCCCUGUUGGGAACUCAAAAUGUUGAGCAGCACGAAACACUUGAUGGUCACCAGGUCAACCAUGUAGAAGAAAUCAUCAAACUACAGCUUGAUUUGGAUGUACUAAAAAUUAUACUCGAUGAGGAAAGAACACUACGUGGUGAUACGGAGGCACAUGCAGUUCGCUUGAAACUUGAUAUUGGAGAGUUGAAGGAUCAGCUACUUAUGAUGAGCAAGGAGAAGGAAACUGUAAACAGUGAGCUGGGGGAGACAAAGUCUAUAGUUGAAGCUCUCGAAUCGCAAAAUGUUAUAGUAAUCGAAGAAGCAGUAGAGCUGAUGAGAAUAAAGGAGAAGUAUCUUGAGCUUCUACAAAAGCAAGAGCUUGACAUCCCAGCAAAGAAGUCCAAACAGUGCAAUGAGUUCAAAGAUAAUCCUGUAGAGGACAAUGCAAUUAACACGAAGCUCAAGAAGAUGCAAGCAUCUCUUGAGAAAGCGAAGAGGUUGAACAUGUUGUUCAAGAGUGAUAUUGCUUCUAAGGCAUGUGGAGAUGAAGAAGCGGACGAAAUUCACAGGCAAGCCGAAGCCGCAACUGCCGAGGUGAUUGUCUGUUUGCAGAAUGAGCUCGAAGUUCUUCAGAAGGAGGUCGAUAAUUUCCAAUCAAAAGAAAACGUGACAGAAAAGCAGGUAAAGCUUUUGGAAUCUCGUAUGGAGGAGCUGCAGGAUAACUUGCGAGAUAUGACCAUGGAUAAUGAGCAGUUGCAAGAAAAUCUUAGAAGCAAAGAAAUGGAACUACAGCUCAUAUCAAAUGAAAUGGAACUUCUCACAUCUGAGCUUGAAGAAAUUCUGUUGAAUGGGAACGAAGGCCUUGCAGAUGCUUGUUACCAGGCUGACCAAAUUUCGGGUUCCUUUCCAGAUAAAAGGAUAUGGAUAUCUGAACAGGUCGGAGGGUUGAUAAGAACAAUUUCGGAGAGGGAAUUAAUGAUUGAAGAUCUUGAAAGCUGUUUAGAGGAUGCAAAUAAAAAGCGAUGUGAUAUAGAAUCCAUGUUGAAGUCUCUUAGAGGGGCAACAUUAGUAAUGAAUGAAGCGCACCAGAGAGAGUACGAGGAAAAGGAGACACAAGUUCUCCUGUUGACAUCGCAGUUGUCCACAACAACAGAGGCCAUAUCAAGGCUUCAAGAGAAGGUGAAGAUGGCUGAAAGUUGGUAUUAUGACGCAUCACUAUGCGCAACAGCUUCUCUAGUAAUUGUCAAUCGUUAUUCUGAGGUAGCCAAAAAACAUACUUUUGAGUUGAAGCAAAAGGAUUUCCAGCUUGAGGAAUCUGCUGGAACAAUACUUUCUCUGAAGGAACAAGUAAAAGAUUUGGAAGCAACCUGUGACGAAUUUAGAAGCAAACUUCUAGAGGAGCAAAAGAAUGCUUCUGCUAUGGAACAAAAACUUGAAGAAAUUGAGGAAAUUAGCAUUUCAGCCAUGAAAGAGAAGCUUUCUGAGCUUAAGGGUGGCGUAUCUGGAUUGAGAUCAUGCAUAAACAUGUGUCAAGAACAUGACAAAUACACCGAGGCAGAGAAUUCACUACGUUCUCCAGCCCACUGUAGUGAAGGACAGGAAUUUGGAAGGAAUGUAGUUGUCUCCUCUUGCAUAGAGAAGACUCCAAACAAAAAUCAUACGGAGUCCAUGAGAGUUAGCAGCGAGUUGUCUAGUGAGAGAGGUAAAGUGAUUAUACUGCUAAAGCAAGAAAUGGAAUCUGCUCUUGUAAGCUUAAAGGAAGUUCAAUUUGAGAUGGCCAGAGUCCAGGAUGAGAAGGAAGAGCUAAAGGCGUCUGAGAAAAGAAGCUUAAGCAACUUGAACGAUCUUGCUGCACAGUUUUGCAACCUUGAAACUGUGAUGAAUAACAUGGAAGAACAAUAUCAUCACAAGACGGAAAUCACAGAUCAUAAACUUAAGACUUUGGAGGAUGAAUUAGCUAAGAUGAAGAUAAAGGCUGACCAGGAAUACAUAGAAACCUUGUGUGUUCUGAAGAAAUUUGAGGAGGCUCAAGGGAUUAUUAAAGAAGCAGAUAUCACUAUCAAUGAGCUCAUAAUAGCGAAUGAAAGGAUGAAAUUUGACCUGGAAAAACAGAAGAAAAGGGAAACCAGCUUGGUUGGAGAGAGAAACGCCUUAGUUGACAAGGUGCAGGAGCUGGAAUCCAUCAAUGUCAAAGAAAAUGAGAAGUUUGAGUACCUUGAGAAGCUAUUCGAGUCGAGUUUGAUGGGAGUAGGAAAUCUUGUUGAAGAGCUGGAAACUGUUGUCAGACAAGUACAAGAUGAAUCAUCUGAGGCCUUGACUGGGAUGGCCAAUGAUUUAUCUGACUUAAAGUCUUGGGUUUCAGAAACAAAGUCAGCUAGAUUGUUCCUUGAGGAUAUCUGGUCAGAAAUCAUCAUGAAGGAUUGUGCUCUCUCAGUUCUACACCUAUGCCAUAUGGGGGUUUUGUUAGAAACAGUGACAGGGAUCAAUACUGAAAAUGGUCUGCUUCAGCGUGGUCUGUGUGAAUCAAACUCUUCCAUUGCCGGAUUAAGAGAUAACAAUCUACGGUUGAGAGGGGAGCUUGAAAUGUUUACAACUCUUAAGGGUAAACUAUUAGCUGAUAUAAAGACUGGUUUUGAGAGGAUUUCAAGAAAUGAAGAAGCAACCAACCUGCUUACUACAAACUUAAGCAAUUUUGAGCAGAAAAUUUCAGGUUUACAGUACCAGGAGGAGCUGAUGUUGCAAAGAUCUGACAGCAUGGGGUGUCGGCUUGAUAUUUUGAUGAAAGAAAUAGAUCUGAGCAAUGGGAACCUUGCAGAAACUUUGUUGGAGCAAGAGCUGCAGCUGAAGCAGAAAGAGGAUUUCUUUGACAAUGAAGUUGAGCUUUAUUUAAUGGAUCUCUGCUCAAAGGAUGUUGAGUCACUUGUUCUGGCGCUAAAGGUAAAGGAAUAUACUUCUUGUCUCACUGUUGCGGACAGAGAGCUUCUUGAUCAUCAUGCCAUCGUUGAGGAUCUUAAAGAGAAAUUGUUUGUUUCCAAGGUGGAGAGCGAGCUCAAAGACCUCUGUCUGGUUGAUAGCAACAAAUUGGAGACCGAUUCAAUGAAACAAAAACUGACUGAAGCACAAAGAAAAAUCGCCGAAAUUGACGAAGUGAACAAGGUUUUUGGAGAAAGAGUCUUCUUCUUGGAGUCUCGCGUUGCUGGCCUACAGCAAGAUUUGACGAUGAAAGCUUCUGAACUUUACAGUCUCAAACAAUCCCAGUCAGUCCUUGCAGAAGAAUUGGAGAUCAAAGAAAGGGAUGUACAAGUUUAUGCUGACGCUGUCACUGCGUUGACGACUGAAAACAGCUCCCUUAAGCACAAGUUCAAACAUUUUGGUGAAGAUCAGUCUAAAGUACUAGAUAUCACGAGGUUAAGCAUUUCCAAAUGCAUACAUCUAGAUGAAGAUAGCAGGAUACUGGAGAAACUAACCAGGGAUGCUCUGGUUAUAUCUGACCAAAUGUUCCAACUGAUAUGUGAAAAUGCCAGUAAAGCUUCAGAAUUCGUAGAUACUGUUCAUUGUUUGCAGAUCGAUGUACAAGACUUGUUGUCUGAGAAUCUGAAUCUCCAGGAUGAGCUUUUAAGAAAGGAUGAUGUUCUAAAGGGGUUGUCUUUUGACCUCAGCCUACUGCAAGAAUCUGCUUCCAUUUCUAGGGACAAGAAAGAUGAAACAAAGGAAAUCAUGGUUCGUGUUGAAGCUUUAGAAAAGACACUAGCUUUGAAAACCUUUGAACUAGAAGAUGCUGUUUCUCACGCUCAAACGCUUGAAGUUCAGUUGCAAGAUAGCAAAGAAAUUAUCUGCAACCUUGAAGCGGAUUUUGAAAAGGCAAGGCAGUGCCAAAACAAGCUAUCAGCGGAAAAUAAAGAAAGAAGAGCAGAAGCUGAAGAUCUCUUGGCAGAAAAAAGCUCUCUAGAGGAGGAGCUGAUCCAGACAAAGAAGGUAUCAGAGAGCAUGGAGAUGGAGCUCCUUAAUCUAAGAAAUGCUCUGGGACAAUUGAAUGAUACAGUUGAGUUUACCCAGAGCAAAUUGAAUGAGUCCAUCGAUGACAGGGAUAAUCUCCAAGAUGAGGUUUUGUAUCUGAAAGAAGAACUCGGGAAGAUGGAAGCUGAGGCUAGAGAAAUAGAAUCUCGAUACACAGAAGCUCAAGAGAUUGCUGAAUCAAGAAAGAUAUAUGCCGACCAGAGAGAAGAAGAGGUGAAGCUAUUAGAGGGAUCAGUUGAGAAGCUUGAGUAUACUAUCGAUAUACUUGAAAAUAAGGUUAACGUUAUCAAAGACGAAGCUGAAAGACAGCGUAUGCAAAGGGAGGAGCUGGAGAUGGAGCUUCAUACCAUACGCCAGCAGAUGGAAAAUACUAUAAAUGCUGAUGGGGAAAUGAAAAGGUUAUUAGAUGAAAAGAAUAUGGAUCUUGAGGAAGCUCAGAAGCAUAUAGAAGCGCUAAAGAGAAAUAUGGCUGAUCAAAAGACCGAGAUUUCUCAACUCAGUGCACAUAUCUCGGAGUUAAAUUUACAUGCAGAGGCUCAGGCUAGAGAAUACAUGCAUAAGUUCAAGGAAUUGGAGGCAAUGGCUGAGCAAGUAAAGCCAGAAGUCCAUGUCUCUCAAGCUGUUGAUUCUUCACUGAGUAAAGGUUCAGGAAAGCCUCGGGGUUCUGGCUCUCCUUUCAGGUGCAUAGGGUUGGGAAUUGCACAACAAGUGAGAUCUGAGAAGGAUGAGGAGCUUGCAGCUGCAAGGCUACGAAUUGAGGAGCUUGAAAAUGUAGUUGCAACCCGGCAGAAAGAGAUAUUUUUAUUGAAUUCAAAACUCGCCAAGGUGGAUAGCAUGACCCAUGAUGUUAAUCGAGUUAUGCUGGGACUCAAACAGAAUUGUGCUUCAAUAUUGGAUAGUCAGCAAGUAGUGAAGAUAGCAGAGAUGCUUCAGCUUAAUAAUUCAGAUAGAGAAAUGGAUUUUGAAGUUUCUCAUCUGAAGCAGCAACUCAAUGAAUAUAAUGAGGAAAGACAAGGAUGGAUAGAGGAGAUCGAAGGAAAGAAGACUGAUUUAGUUAUUGCGCAGAUAGAACUCGAGGAACAUAGGCAGCAUGAACAACUGCUCAAGAAAGAAAACGAAUUCCUGAAGAAGGAGAAUGUUAGUCAUAAAAGGAAAGUAAUGGAACUUGAAGGAGAAGUAAAGAAGCUAUCUUCCCAGCAAAACCCAGAGUGGAGAACUCGUGAUCACAGUAGAAUCAAGGAAGAAAACAAUGUGUUAAAACUUCAGCUUGAUGAGCUCAAUCUGAAGUUAAGACGAGCAGACGUGAACAUAUCUCGUGCUAAAGAAGAGCUUGCUUGGUACCGAGCAUCUUCCGGGAAGAACCAACAUUCAAACUUUCAAAAGAUGCACACCAAACUGAAAGAAACCGAAGAGGAUAGAAUGCAGCUCGGUAAGAAGCUAUUAUGUCUCUCCACCAGUAUCCUAAAGGCAGCCGGUGUAACAGGAGAAGAUAUUACAGACAUAAACCCUGAAAUUGCUGAAGAGGCACUUGAACAGCUUAAGACAAAACUUGGUUCACUUGAAAGUGAAUUACACCAUUUUAGAUUAAAGGGAAAAGCAAAGAGCAGAAGAAGUAGAAAUCCUGAGAGGAGUAUGCCUUCAGUGCCUUCGCCUCGGAGAUCAUGGAGUCAGAGUCCAAGAAGGAUGUCUAAUGUUCCUUUUUUCUCUUCUUUAGACAGGAAGGAUUCUAUUGAGGUCCUGAAAGAAAUCUCGAAACUCGAAUCAGUUUCGGAAAUAAUAUCCAUAAUUGACGACCAUAUUAAGGAUCUUGAAGAGGAGACUAUGGUUUUAGAUAUAGUCCAAGCAAAUCUCAUGGAGAAAAUCGCCGAGAGGAGUAGGAAAAUCGAAGCGAUACAAAAGUGA